CGGUGGUGAGUUACGCGCGCACACCGACUGUGCGCCGCGUAUACAUGCAGAGCACCAGCGGCAGCAGCACCAGCAGGAGGUGUUCUCUCUGUUGCUCGGUUUGGUGGUGGUGGUCCUUCGUGUUCGGUUCGCGCGCGCCGACAGACGACACAUCUCCACGGCCGACGGACAGCGACGGACGUGGGCCCCGCCGGCGCAAAAUGCAGGGCCGUGUUCUCUUAUUGUAGCGAGACUGCCGCCGCCGAGUAGACGCCGCCGACCAGCGGGUUACUGCAGAGAAUGGCUAGUUUCAAAGAGUGGCCGUCGUUCUUGAUGGUAUUUUUGUUUGCGCACUUUGCUCAAUAUUGUUGCACUCGAAUUGACGAUGAUGGGUGUAAUAAUCAUAAAGGAAAUUCUCAACACAGAUGCGUACCAAAAGUCAACUAUAGGCACAAAGAAAAAGAAGUUCUUGAUCAAAUUUUAGGUCCAGGAAGCUACGAUGCUAGGAUCCGUCCCUCAGGAGUUAAUGGCACAGGCGACUCUCCCUGCAUUGUGUAUGUCAACAUGUUGGUACGGUCCAUCAGCAGAAUUGAUGAUUACAAAAUGGAGUACAGUGUGCAACUGACGUUCCGCGAACAAUGGAUGGACGAGAGGCUAAAAUUUAACGAUUACAACGGUAAAAUGAAAUACUUAACUUUGACUGAAGCCAACAGAGUGUGGAUGCCCGACUUGUUCUUUUCUAACGAGAAGGAAGGUCAUUUCCACAAUAUAAUUAUGCCGAACGUGUACAUCAGGAUAUUCCCCAAUGGAUUAGUGUUGUACAGUAUAAGAAUAUCUCUUACUCUAUCGUGUCCAAUGAAUCUCAAAUUAUAUCCACUGGAUCGUCAGACGUGUUCACUCCGAAUGGUCAGCUACGGCUGGACAACUGACGACUUAGUAUUUUUAUGGAAAGAAGGCGAUCCAGUGCAAGUUGUAAAAAAUUUACACUUACCCAGAUUCACUUUAGAAAAAUUCCUCACGGAUUACUGUAACAGCAAAACUAACACAGGAGAGUACAGCUGCCUGAAAGUGGACCUGCUGUUCAAGCGCGAGUUCAGUUACUACCUGAUCCAGAUCUACAUACCGUGCUGCAUGUUGGUGAUCGUGUCGUGGGUGUCGUUCUGGCUGGACCAGAGCGCGGUGCCCGCACGCGUGUCGCUGGGAGUCACCACGCUGCUGACGAUGGCCACGCAGACGUCCGGUAUCAACGCGUCCCUGCCGCCCGUGUCCUACACCAAGGCCAUCGACGUGUGGACGGGCGUGUGCCUGACGUUCGUGUUCGGCGCCCUGCUCGAGUUCGCGCUGGUCAACUACGCGUCCCGGUCGGACACGCACAGAGACGACAUGAGCAAAAAGUGCGACCUGGAGCGCACCGUGUCCAUGGACGUCGGCGACUACGAGGACGGCCCGAAUUCGUUCAAUAUGGUGAGGUCGAAUAGUACGAAGCCGCUGAUGCGUCCCGAGCUGAUGAUGUCCCGGGACAAGAUGAGCCAGAUCAUCCACCAGACGCCGCCGAUGGAGAAGAACUCGUGCUGGAAGUCGUGGAUGUCCAAGUUCCCCACCAGGUCCAAACGCAUCGACGUAAUAUCCCGCAUACUGUUCCCGAUGGUGUUCGCCAUGUUCAACAUGUCCUACUGGUCCACGUACCUGUUCCGCGAGGGCGUGGACGAGGACAAGUAAUUUGUCACGCCGAGUCACGGACCGUGGCCGCCGUCGUAUUAUUAUUAUAUUAUUUUAAUUAUUAUUAUUGUUGUCAACACGGCACAUAACAACAAUAUUAUUAUUAUAAAACGAUAAGCGAGCUCGCGUUUUGUGUAUUUGGAUUUACGUUUCGCAUCAAACGAUUUCCAUUUUGCAGUUCGUUUAGUCUUUUUGUUUAUUUAUCAUUUGUCAUCACUGUUGUUUUGUUUAUUGGUUUUACGAGUAUUUUUUCUGUUUCUUUUUUACAUACGAAUCUCUCUAUACGUAGUCAUUGUGUAGUGUAAAUCUUCUCUCAACUUGAAGUGCAUUUACUCGCAUCAAAUACAAUUAUUAUGAUUAUUAUUAAUAGCAAACUCAACCAGAUCUCCCGAAAACUAUAAUAUGAUAAAUAAAACGUGUCCACUCCACAUUAUUAUAUUGAUUGCCAUCUCAAUCGAUAUUUUGUAAUUUUUUUCUACACUCCAUGCUCAAUUUUACCUUUAAACGAAACCAUUUGAUUCAUUUGUUUACACACACACACACCUGACAGAUACAAAGAGACAGGGUCCUUAUACGAAAUCUGUCGGGGAAAUCUGUUCGCGUGUCCGACGCGCACGAAUCGAUUCCAUCCAAAUUUAAUUUAUCGAAAGAUAAAGUCGAGUUUUCUCACAUAAUAUUAUAAUAUACAAUGUUUAUACCUCACAGAAACAAGCACAAAACUCCAUCGGCGUUUUCCACGACCCGUCGAAUUGCAACCACUGUCCGUUUCGCCAAUCCCGUUCGAGUUGAUUAAUUACUUACUUAUUUACAAACGCUCAAUGUCGUUUUUUUUCUUCUGUUUUUCGUGUUUUUAGCCAUGUUUACCACCAUCACGUAUCACCACAGCAAAUAAUUAAGUCCUUUUGCGCGUGCAUCCCGAAUCGAAACUAUAUUAUAGUGUAUGACACCUUUUCAAAAUCAUUCACAUAAUAUUAAUAUAAUAUGAAGUGUACAAAUAAUAAUUGUAAGUACUCCGCAGUUCAAUGUUCGUUUUUCACUACAUUAAAAACUUUGUUUGAGCAUAAUAAUUGCUAAUAUUAUAUUCCGUUACGUUAUGACAACGAUAUAGAUAUUAAUAUAGUCAUUUUAUAAAAACUAAUACAUGACUUACGGUAGAUACGGUCUAGAAAGUCCAUAUAUGAUAUCCGAUAUUAAACAUCGUUUACGGAUGUUAAUUACUCAUAUGUUAUGUGCAUAAUAUAUUACUAUUAUUGUCACCAAGACUGUAUGAUAUUCAUACGUGCAAAGGCCACUAUAACGACAUACCGUAUGGUAAACAGGGUGAGAUGGAAAGUUCUGACCCAAAUCGCUGCCGGUUCGAUGACUUUAAAACUCAAUUAAUGCUUUUGUAUAAUAGUCGUUAAGCUGAUCAUUAUUGCAUUUGACCGUUAACUUAAUACCAUGCGUAUAUAGAUAUACCAGAACUGGAAAAUAUAAGUGUCUUAAACAAAAAAAAAUACGUCAAAUAUUAUUUUCCUUUAAUUAUAUGUCCCGUUGUAAAAUAAAUUGUGUUUUAAAACUGUUCCAUUUUUUCCCGACCUUUCAAACUUUUUGUAAAAUUUAUGACGUAUUUUCCUCUACUUGUAUAAAUCAAAUUAAAUCAUUUUAUCAUGAGAUUGCAAGAAAAAGUUAUUCCAUUUUAUUUUGUAAUUCCACUAAAAUGUUCAAGUUAUUUGAAACGAUUAACAAUUAAUUAAUUCUUGUUUUUCUUUUAUAUAUACAACAAACUCAGUUGACGAAAUCAAAGAUAAACAAAUAACAACUAACUGUCGUCUUUUUCCGUCCACCAUUAAUUUAUGUCCAGUUACACAAUCGCAUCUUUAUGGUCUAAUGGUCACGGUUAAGCUAUUUUAGAAAAUAGAAACCUACACGUCGUUUACUUAUAUAUUUAUAUAUAAGACAUGCGCAAGAAUAGGACAGACGUCAUACGAUACACCAGCUACAUCUAAUUCAUCUCACGUUGUCUUAUCACGCGUAGCCCAUUAAGUCGGAUUAAAACUUUUCACAUCCCCUGGCAUAGUACGCUGUACCGUUUAGUCUAAUACAAUACGAACACAUCCGCCCCCGACCGAAGGUGUACACUCGAUAGGGAAAUUUAAAUUUAAAUUUAAGGUAUAUAUAUUAUAUUAUAUUACAUACGAUUUGUAUAAUUUUUAACGAUAAGAUAAUAUUAUUAAUUUGUGUUGUUUGACACAUAUAUUACGCUAUAUCAUAAUGUAUAAUGUAAAUAUUAUUUAAGUUGCCAGAAAAUAAUGCUUAAAUGUGAUUUUUUUUUUUUAUAAAUAUCAGUAACUGGUCCACGAGUACACAUUGGGUGUAACGUGGACCACUAAGCUGAACUUCAGCAUACGAUUGAUUUAAAAUAAAUUUUCAUUUUCCAAUAAUUGAAAUCAGUGACCACUAAAUGAUAAUAAUAUAUUGUAUUUAAUAUUGAGUAUUAUAUCAUAUUAUAAUAACUUAUAUUACUGUAAACAAGAAAAGAACCAAAAGUCUGACAUCUUACUUUGACUGUUAUUCUUCGUUUCGAUAAUAUUUGAAAUUAUUUUCAUUUCUAUGAUCUAUAAUGACUAUAUUAUGUAAUGUUAUGUACACAAAUUAAAAUCUGAAACGAAUAUUUAGAAAAACUUAUAGUAAUGUAUAGACCAUCAAGUAAUCUGAUUAAUAUCUCACAAAAGGGCAACUUUUCAAAUACUAUACGUUAACAAUAUUACAGUUUAUAAAAUGUCCAUUAAAACCACUUUUAUGAUUAUUGUCUGUACAGCUCCAAUAAUAAAAUAUAAAGGUAGUCAUUGAUACGUCAUGUUCAAACAAAAGUAUCCGAUACAUGAUACCCCAAACUAACCGAAAAUUUGUUUAGUGUCGUCUUAAUUAGUAUUUGGCGUAUUGCAUAUAUAGGUACUUUAUAAAUACUUCAAACGUCAAUUUAUUGUUUACGUGCGUAUCUAACUGACGUUUCCACUCCCCUAUACUAACCUUUUAUGUUCAUGUACCUACCUAUAAUAUAUUAUAGAAUUUAUCUUUUCGGUAGGAACUAUCGUUGCCAAAUUUCAACACCUGAUGCAGAUGUAGGUAAACGAACGGAAAAAAAGUUUUUUUAUUGAAUUUUAAAUUUUAGAACCUCAUUAUUGAAUCAUUACAAUAUAGGUUCUCGUGCUCCAUUCAUUAUGUACCUAGUCAUAGGCGCCAUUAGUCGUAAAUACAAUUUAAAAAUAAAAUAAUAAAUAUAAAAUCUUCGUGAUGGAAAAUUCCACGUGAUGUGUGAGCACCAUACACGGAAAAUAUUUUUGCACAAUGUAAAUUAAUCUAAAGUUAAGUUUUUAAGUGAUAGGUGUCAGUGAUUCUUAAAAGUAAAAAAAACCGUCAUUUGAUCCUACUGCCGAGAUACUUCAUGGUUUUAAAAUCACGUAUUAGAGUGAUCGUGCAGGCUAAUCGAUUGCUAAUUAAUUGACAGAAUUAUAAACGAUUAGUGUACUUAUAGUAAGUUUGUUUCAAAUACUUGUGUUUUUUUUUUUAUAUAUAAAUUGGAUUUAUUAUUUGUUAUAAAUUUUAGCAGAGUUAGGUACGUUAUUGUGGUUAAGAUUUCUGAAAGAAAUUGAUGAAAUCUGGCUAGAGUGUAAAAAUCAAAAUCAUUUUAUUAUAAAAACGCAUUUUUUACGGUUUAGUAAUGGUGCUUUCUAUAA